GAUCUCCUUCUUCCCUGGUCUUGACACUGCAUAGACGCACAGGUCUACUCGAUAUCCUUAAUCUGGUCAGCGCAUGAGUGCAUCAGCUAGCCAUGAUGGACGAGUGGAGCGCCUCUUCCAACGGCGCAACCACCCUUCGCCUAAUCGGUGCACCCGGCACGUGUGACGCUCCAUUCCACCCAGACUUUACCUACCCCAUCUUUGGAGAGGCAGAGACCAUUUAUGGGUAUCAAGGACUCUCCAUCGAUUUGGCUUUUGCGAGUGGGAGCUUGAAGCCGAUCGUGCACGUCGACUGGAAGAAGACGAACGAGAACACCAGCGCAAAAGUCGACAAUGUCAAGAGCACCCUGACACGGUUCCUCCCAUCGGGGACGGUCGACGAGGAUGAAGAGGAAGAGCAGGGUGAACCGGGAGAGAAUGAUGUGCUUGAGGCGCAGAGCAAGGAAGAGAUGAGGAAGCUUAUCGAGGAGGAAGUGCAAAAGGAUGCGCAGUUCCGACCGAUGGGCGACAGGGUCGCCAGCUGGUUUGUCACACAACGCAGCGUUAAAGGCAAGGGCAAGAAGGACUCCUGGACUACCACAGGUACUUCUGCCUCUGCUAGCAGCGGUGGAGACCGGAACUUUGAGGUGUAUCGAUGCACAAAAGAUACCCAAGGAUUCUUACAGUACUUGCGACGCUUCCGCAUCUUCACACUCUUCUUCAUCGAGGCUGCUUCCUACAUUGACGAAGAGGAGCCCGGCUGGGAGUUCUUUAUUCUGUUCGAGCGCGUCACCACCAAAGGCAACUCGUACUCAUAUCACUUUGCGGGCUUCACAUCUCUCUACCGCUUCUGGACGUACCCCGACACGGCACGUAUCCGCCUGUCGCAAUUCCUCAUCCUACCACCUUACCAAAAGCUCAGCCUGGGCACCUGCCUCUACACGGUGGUACACGACCACAUCCUUCGGCGCGGCAGCUCCAUCAGCGAGCUGACAGUUGAGGAUCCGAGCGAGAUCUUCGACCGGCUACGCGACGGUGCGGACCUCAAGCGGCUGCUGAGCCCUAGUGCGCUCAAGCCGCCAGAAGAAGCGACAAGCGGGGCCAGUGUGCGGUACGAGAUCAUCGCCAAAUUGGUCAAGGAGGGCAAGAUGCGCGCACCGCUCGAUGCCGCGUGGUCAGAAUCUCUGCGCAAGGAGUACAAGAUCGCCCCGCGGCAGUGGGCGCGCCUGCUGGAGAUGAUUCUUCUGCUCCUCCUCUCUGCCACCCAGCCUGGCAGCGGCACUUACGCGCAGGACAUCAAGGCUUACCGGCUGCAGGUUAAGGCGCGCCUUUACAGGCAUAACCGCGACGUACUCGUACAGAUGAGCAAGGAUGAGCGCAUUCGCAAGCUGCAGGAGACGUACGAGAACCUCCUCGAGCACGACUACGCAGACCUCGUUGGUGUCGACGUCGCUCCGUUCCUCGGCGGCGUCACGCUGCCGGGCGAGGUAGACGACGAUGAGAAUGGGCAGGCAGCAGGCUCGAGGCGGAGCAAUGGACAUGAUGCGGCGGAUGGGCCAGCAAGGAAAGUCGCUCGCCUCACGUGAUGUACUCAAAAGGACGAUCAAGGUGGACAUUGUGU